UGCUGUUUCUCUUGUCGACCUGCUCAAGUGAUGCGCCUACCAAGACGGGCAUGAUUGAGGAUGUACUCUAUUUCAAAGACGCAUCUCCUCGCCACCGCCGCCGUCCUGUCCCUAAUCAUCACCACAUUCCUGGUCUUCAGCACGCAGUACUCCACCUCGGUAGCCAAGUAUGCGCUGAAGACGUCUCUGAAGCCGGGGUAUUGUCCCCACGUGGAAUGGAAUAAUAGUAGCGACUGGGAAUUCCACGUCGAGCGCGACGGCAACAACUACGGGCUAACAGCGCAGCAAUGCCGCGCGGCCUUCCCCAAGCUCUUCGUGGAGAUCGACAAGUCGACGGCCACGCGCAAAGACAACCCGAUCACGUUUGACGAGCUGGAUAAGAUCCCGGUCAGUGACGGAAUGGUGCGGGGGAUCAUUGACAAUGGACAGCUCUACAUCCUCGACUACGCCCCCCAACCCGCAACCUUCACGCGCGCCAAAGCAACGCUCCACGCCCUGCACCGGGCUCUGAGCGCCUCACCGUCCCAGCUCCCCUCCUUAGAAUUUAUCCUCACAACCGAAGACUUCCACACCCCGUCGCCGGAUGACCCCACCCCACUAAUAUGGAGCUACACGAAACAACCCGAAGACAGAAAUACCUGGCUAAUGCCGGACUUCGGCUACUGGUCGUGGCCAGAAGUGCACGCAGGGCCCUACAGCUCCGUACGCGCACGCCUGCGCACCAUCGACGAAGGCAGCCCGCAAACCUCAACGCCCGCGCUCCCCUUCCAGUCCAAACGCAAACAACUCCUCUGGCGCGGCGCCACAGCGCCCAACCCUAGCAUCCGGGGCACCCUGCUGAAAGCCACGCAGGGGAAAAGCUGGGCCAGCGUGCGCGUGCUCGACUGGGACAAUCCCGACGGGCACUUUCUCCCGCUCGAAGACCACUGCCGGUACAUGUUCCUCGCGCACACCGAGGGGCGCAGCUUCUCAGGCCGCGGGAAGUACCUGUUGAACUGCAAGUCCGUGGUGGUCUCGCACCCGUUACGCUGGGUCGAGGCGCACCAUGCUGCGCUGGUGGCGGCGCCGCAUCCGGAGGCGAACUAUGUGCAGGUUGCGGACGGGUGGGCGGACUUGGAGGAGAAGAUGCGCUGGUUGAUUGAUCAUCCGGUUGAGGCGGAGAGGAUUGCCGUGAAUGCGGUGGCGGUGUUUCGCGAUCGGUACUUGACGCCUGCGGCUGAGGCGUGUUAUUGGCGGGAGUUGGUUACCGGGUUUGCCUCGGUGCUGGCGUUUGAGCCUGUUGUCUUGGGGCGCCCGGGGGUGUUGUUUGAGGAUUGGGUUUUGGGGGUUUAG